UCCGAGUCCAGUGGCCUGCAAGGAAGCCAACAAUACACACACACAAGAACAGAGGAAGGAUGAGCGCGCGUCGGGCUUGUGUUGUCGGAGGGCUGCUGUCGGAUGCGGCCACCACGCCGCUGCACUGGGUGUACGACGUGGCAAAGCUGAGCACCUUCCUGAAGGAGAACGGCAUUGUGGAUGAGCCAGAGUUUUGCAGCAAGCCCCAGUGCCCCUUCUACGAGGCGAAAGUCGGCGACCUCUCCCCUUAUGGUGGCGAGUACGUGGCCAUGCUGAAUGGCCUGGCCAAAACGGAUGCAGCCAACAAGGGCACCCUCGACCCAAAGGCCGUCGAAAAGGAAAUGUGCGAGUUCUUCGCGUCGUGGAAAGGGUACAAGAACCACGUCACAAAGACGCUCGAGGCAAACGCUGCCAAGGGAGCUACCUACCCAGACACCGCCGACAAGGACGACAACCAAGCCAACGGUAUGGCCAAGGCCCCGCUCAUUGCGGCCGCGUUUGGCAAGGCAGACGACUUUGUUGCCACCGCCAAGGCCGCCGUUGCCCUGAUGCAGUCCCGCCCCUCCGCCGUGCAGUAUGGCCUCGCUGCCGCCAUCAUCACCAAGAACGUGCUUGACGGGGCGACGGUGGGGGAUGCGAUCAAGGCGGCGGAGUCGUCCGACAGCCUCGACGCGACCACCAAGGCCGACAUCACCGACGUCCUCGCAAACAAAGACGGCGACAUUGCAGCGCUGUCGAAGAAGUGGGGUAUCUCCUGCUCGUAUCCGGGCGCGUUCAAGCUCUCUCUCCUCGUCAUCCUGCAGUCGUCGUCCUUCAAGGAGGCCGUCAGGACCAACAUCAAGCUCGGAGGUGACAACUGCUCGCGCGCUGCGUUCAUUGGCGGCGUGUUUGCCGCUGCGUCCCCGGAUCAGGUGCCAGAGGAGGAGUGGUUCUCGCGCACGGCAGACGCCGCCGCCUUCCGCGCCACCAUCAACACCCUCUUCCCGGCUGCUGAGUGAUCGUGGUGGUCGUUUGGAUGUGGUGACAUUGUUGCGGAUGUGAUGUCCGUUGGUGGUGCUGUGGCGCUGUGUGUUGCAAGUGUUUGCGCUGUGGCGCUACUGCUGCUGCUGCCGCUGUUGCUGCUCCCUUGGUUACUCGUUUGUCGCCAAUACAACCGAAAGUUUAC